AUGAGCAACCCACUAGUGGUUAGCAUCUCCAACCUGGCGGCCUACACGCCCCAAGAAACAAUCGAGCUUGUUUCCCGCUCUGGCGUCAAGAGAGGUAACAUGCGUCCUGACAAGGUCUUCCUCUCCGCCGUCUCCGCGGGAUGUCUCCUUGGCUUUGGCUGUGGCGUCUCGCUAUGUGCCAUGACAGCACCCUGGUAUUCUGAGAACGCGCCCGGCCUGGUAAAGCUCUUUGGCGCUGGUGUUUUCCCUCUGGGUCUAGUGCUUGUUGUGCUUACGGGCGCGGAUUUGUUCACUGCUACUACUAUGUUUACUUUGACUGCUGUUCUGCAAGGUCGGCUUCCGAUACGAAAGAUGCUGCUGCAUUGGUUCCUUUGCUUUUUCGGCAAUCUUGCAGGAUCGCUAUUUGUCAUGUCUAUCAUUAUGGGAUAUGGCGGUGUCUUUGAUGCGUCCCCGUAUAAAGAAGUUGCCAUGUCGUUCGCCAGCAAGAAACAAAUAUCGCCUCAAGUUCACCAGGUCUUCCUGAAAGCCAUCGGGUGCAACUGGCUCGUAUGCCUCGCCGUCUUCCUCGGCAUCCAAGCCAAGGAUCUCGCCUCAAAGGUCAUCGGUAUGUGGUGGCCCAUCUUCGCCUUUGUCGUCCUCGGCCUCGAGCACGUUGUCGCCAACAUGUUUUACAUGUCUCUUGCCAUUUGGCUCAAGACACCUGAUCUUACCGUCGGUCUGUACAUUUGGAAAGGCAUGAUCCCAGCUACGAUUGGCAACAUUAUUGGCGGUAGCAUGUUUGUCGGCGUGUAUUACUGGUACAUGUACCUGUUUGACGAGGAUCCUGUCAAGGUUGAUGGUGUUGAGUACCAGGGCCCCCACGUGGACUCUCACAUGCACAUGCAUUUCCUUGCCAACAGGAAUAAGAGUACCGUCACCGACGAGGAGAGUAGAAUCGAGUCAGUGCCUGUUUCAGUGCCGGCCAGCGUUCUUGCGAAGUAG